AUGUCCUCAUCAGGUCCUCUUCUGGUUCCCAGGCUUAUUUUACUUGCCAUAUACCUGCCCCUCCGAAGCGCCUUUCCUCUGAGCUCCACCCCAGUGCUCCACGUCGCCGAAGAUGCAGAGCGCGACAGCUCCGAUUUAUGGCUCAAUUUGGGCGCAGCCGUUGCGCUGGUCUUGAUUGGGGGUGUUUUCGCUGGGUUAACAAUCGCGCUCAUGGGCCAGGAUACAGUCCACCUUCAAGUCCUCGCAACUUCCGCCGAAGGCCCUGAACGAAAGCACGCUCAAACCGUCCUCAAGCUUGUCGGUAAAGGGAAACAUUGGGUCCUGGUGACUCUCUUGCUAGGCAAUGUGGUCGUCAAUGAGAGUUUACCCAUCGUCCUUGAUAAAACACUAGGUGGGGGAUGGCCUGCAAUCGUGGGAAGCACUGUUUUGAUCGUUAUCUUCGGCGAGGUUAUCCCCCAGUCCGUCUGCGUCCGCUACGGUCUCCCGAUAGGCGCCUACCUCUCACCUGUGGUUCUGUUCCUGAUGUAUGCUUUUGCACCCGCCGCCUGGCCCACUGCAAAGCUCCUCGAUUGGCUUCUAGGUGAGAAUCACGGCGUGGUCUAUAAGAAGUCUGGGCUGAAAACGCUUGUCACCCUACACAAGUCACUGGGUUCGCAGCCCGCAGAGCGGCUGAAUGAGGACGAGGUCACCAUAAUCACCGCAGUGCUAGAUCUCAAAGCCAAGGCCGUACAAAGCAUCAUGACGCCCAUGGAGCACGUAUUCACCGUCUCUACCGAUUCAAUUCUUGACGAGAAAACUAUGGAACUUAUCCUGUCUGCAGGAUUCUCCAGAAUUCCCGUUCAUGCGCCGAACGACCCCUCCAAUUUUCUAGGGAUGUUACUGGUGAAAACGCUCAUUACCUAUGACCCAGAAGAUUCCAAACCCGUGGCCGAGUUUGUCCUCGCGACUCUCCCAGAAACGAGUCCCGAGACGAGCUGUCUCGACAUCUUGAACUACUUCCAGGAAGGACACUCCCAUAUGGCGCUCGUAUCUAAGCACCCCGGCGAAAACGGCGGUGCCAUUGGUGUUGUAACCUUGGAGGAUGUUGUUGAAGAGCUGAUCGGCGAGGAAAUCAUCGACGAGUCCGACAUGCACGAUGACACCCAGAAGCCUGCAGACCAACAGCAACCCCCUGUCGCAGACUUCCCUGUACCUCUCAACCGUACACUUCGCCGUGCUUCCACCGCCCCAAUCGCCAAACCGGGCUAUAUCAGUUCGAUCACGCCCCAGCAGCGCCAGCAUCUUGACAACCUGGCUCCGUCAAACUUGGCGAGGAAGCCGAAGCAGACGAGGUUCCCGUUUGUAAAAAUCAAACGCUCGUUGCAGGCCAAUGGGGAUAAUGAUGGUGUGAAGGGGGAUAGUACAGUGCAGGGCUCGGCUGAUGAGAACACCCCAUUGCUGAGGUCAUGA